GCGAACGCAAGCCCUCGACAUCAAUUUACAAUCAACCUGCUCACCAAUAGCCAUUAAAAUUGCGUCAAUCAAGAGAAAAACCUCGCCAUUGCCCGCAGCAACAUCGAAGCUAGCCAAUUUCAGCCAACAGGACCCACAACAGGAGCAGCAGUCCGGCGAUUUUGAGGCAGCAGCUGUAAGCCAAUUGGUGGCAACAGUUGGGCAAGCACCAGCAGUAGCAGCAACAGUAACAGCAACAACUGCAGCAGCAGCAGCGGCGGCAGGAGCAACACUCAGAGGAGCAACAUCAGGCGCUAAACAUCCCAAGGCCAGCUCCUUGAGUCAACAGCAAACAGCAGUAGCACCACCACCACCGCCGCCGCCACCUCCACCACUACCGCAGGAAACAGCAACAGCAGCAACAACAAGUGUUGCCGGGACAACAGCAAUCGCAGCAACAGCUGCAACAUCAGGAGCCAGCCAGGCCAGCAAAGCCACAAGCAGGACAAGCAGCAGCAGCAGUAACAGCAGCAGUAGCAGCGAUAACUGCCAAAGCAGCAACAUCUACAGCGGCAACAGCAACAACAGCAGCAGCGGCAGCAACACCACCGGCAACAGCAGCAAUACCAGCACCACCACGACGCUGUACACGUGCUCCAGCGCCUCCUCGUCGCUGAUUGCCCAGCCGCCGCCAACAAAGAUAUUUAAGACGGAUCACCAUCUGUGCGCCGCCUACGGACUGCCGACCGCCACCGCCGCCGCUGCUGUUGGUGGGCAUCCCUGCGUCUACUGCGUAAUACCUGUGCCCGUGGGGAGCUCGUCUAGCGCCGCCGCCGCACCGCCAACACCGCGCAGCGCCUUCCCCGGCGCACCGCUCACCGCCUCAGCCGUCGCACUCAAGGGCGCCCUCCCCCAGCGGCCCCCGGCCAUGACAAGUCCCGCUGCCGCUGCCGCAGGCGCCGCUUUGGCCGCCGGUGCUCCGUACCGCGGCGCCGCCAGCUGGACCCCGCAGGGCUAUGCCCCGGCCGCUGCCGCCGCCGCCGCUGCCGUUGCCCAGCAGGCUGCCUACCGCUAUACGGCGCCGCUGCCCCAACCGGCGUACGCCGCCUACACGCCGCACACGGCCACCACACCGGCCACAACCACGGUAAGUUUUCUAAACCAACCUGUGGACUAUUAUUGGUACGGUCAGCGAGUGCCGACGGCAGCCUCACCGAGCAACACCAACUCGAGCAGCUCCUCGAACACGGGCUCCCAGAGCGGCACGCUGAGCACCAGCCUGAGCAACACGACGAACACCAACACGAACAUGGGUCCCAACGGCACGGUACAGAAUCAAAACCAACAGGGCGGCGAGCAGUUGUCCAAGACAAAUCUCUACAUUCGCGGACUGCAGCAGGGCACAACCGACAAGGAUCUAGUUAAUAUGUGUGCACAAUACGGAACAAUUAUAUCAACCAAGGCUAUUUUAGAUAAAACAACAAACAAAUGUAAAGGUUACGGCUUCGUCGACUUCGAGCAGCCAGCCUUCGCCGAGUGCGCCGUAAAAGGAUUGCAGGGGAAGGGCGUGCAAGCUCAGAUGGCCAAAGUGGGUAUCUGGGUGCUUCAUAGGCCGGCCAUUCAACAGGAACAGGAUCCCACAAAUUUGUAUAUUGCAAAUUUGCCGCCCCACUUCAAAGAAACUGAUCUGGAGGCAAUGCUAUCGAAAUAUGGACAAGUUGUUUCGACCAGAAUAUUGCGUGAUCAGCAGAUGAACUCCAAGGGCGUUGGCUUUGCCCGUAUGGAGAGUCGUGAGAAGUGUGAGCAAAUCAUUCAGAUGUUCAAUGGUAGCACAAUACCGGGUGCCAAAGAUCCCCUGCUGGUGAAGUUCGCCGAUGGCGGACCGAAAAAGAAGAAUCUCUUCAAGACGCCCGAUCCGAAUGCGCGUGCGUGGCGCGACGUUUCCGCGGAGGGGAUUCCCGUGGCCUACGACCCCACUAUGCAGCAGAACGGCGUCAGCGUCAACGUGGGCACGCCCAUCGGAGUGCCCUACUCCCGCUUCAGCGCCCCCCAGGUGGGUGGCUAUCCAGUGGCCGGCUCCCAAUGGAUACCCGGUUACAUGAUGACCCAGCCGAUCACUCAGGUAGAUGAUCAGCCUUGUUUCUCUCCACAGUACAUGCAAAUGGCGGCUGCCCCUCAGCUGGGUGUGACCUCGUACAAACCGGAGGCGGUGAACCAGGUGCAGCCACGUGGCAUCUCGAUGAUGGUCAGCGGCGACACGGGCGUGCCAUAUGGAACGAUGAUGCCUCAGUUGGCCACCCUGCAGAUUGGCAACUCUAACUUUUCUCCAUCGUUACAGUACAUUAGUCCAACUUAUCCAUAUUAUGCACCACCACCAACUAUUAUACCAACAAUGCCAAUGACAGAUUCCGAACAGGCUAGCACAGCUGCAUCACCCGACGAGGCAUACACACAGUAUCCACAUCAAGCCGCUCCCAAAUAGGUCUUCGCGAGCUAUAAUAUAUUAGUACCCCAUUUGAGUACUAUAUAAAUUGGACGAGAGUGAGAGCAAGCCUGGUGGAAGCGGAAAAGUCAAGGACCAUGGAAAAUCAAGAGGAGUGGAGUAACAUCAAAAGCAGAGGAUCGGAAAAAGGAGUCAGCAACCACCACAUGAACAAGAACUAGAAGAAACGGCUAAAACAGCAACAUUGGCAGAAGAAUCGGAGACACAGCAUGCAGUUUACGAAAAUAAAUCUAGAAAAAAGCCAUCCCAUAAAAAGAGGGAAGAUCGCAGCAAGCUGAGGCAGAGAAAGAAAUGUAUAAAAUUACGGAGGUUGGAUGUGAGGAUGAAGUUUAGGGGGUACAUGAAUACAAUGUAAGCGAUGCGAAAGGGAAAGCCAGUCUCCGAAGAGACAAGCGCAGAAGACGCAAGUAAAAAGUGAAGAAAAGCAAAGACUAAACUUAAAUAAUAGAGAAUAGUUAUACACUAAAUAAACAACCAGAGAAGCAACAGCAGAACGGCAACAAUUGCCAGACAACAGCGGCAAACGAGAGAAGAGCAGUCGAAAAUAUUUACAAAAAGAGAACUGCAGAAUGCGAAGAGAAAGCAAAGUCAAAGGAAACUCACUUGGGAGUCGAAAAAACUUGAGGAAAUCUGCCGAGAAAAACCAUCGCAGAUUAGAGUUAAGUUAAUUUUGUUAAGCGCAAGAGGAAAAACAAUUGCAAGGGGGGAAACCGAGAAAGAGCGAUGUAAAAAUAGAAGAGAAAAUAAAAAGAAACUAUUUUGCUAAUUUUGAGCUAGCAAAACCUAAGCAGACAGAAAUUUGUGAAGUGAAAGAAGAAAAACCGAAACAGAAACAAAAACAAAAACAAAACUAAAUGUGUGUGCAAUGUAUGUUAAAGAACCGUAAAGAAACACAGAGCAAAUAAAAACGAAACAAAACUCA